GGGCAGUACAACGCGUUCAGACGCGUCUAAGGCAAGAAGAAGCAGAAGAAGAGGACGCAGCACACGGGCGGAAACAGCUGGCACAGAUACAUAACUAGCUACAGCAUUUAUCUACAUCUUUACAAGCUUAACGUUAUAUCACAUAUCAUUUGCGUUAGCGGCCUGCUUGCAUACUCGGCGUUUCAGCUGCCAACCGUCAAGAUAAUGGGAAGAAAAGUGACGCUUGCAACCUGCUCGUUGAAUCAGUGGGCUUUGGACUUUGAAGGGAACUUGGAGAGAAUACUCAGGAGUAUUGCCAUUGCUAAUACUCAUGGAGCCAAAUACAGACUGGGCCCAGAGCUGGAGAUAUGUGGGUAUGGCUGUGCAGACCACUUCUAUGAGUCAGACACGUUGCUACACAGCUUUCAGGUCCUGAGGAAGCUUCUGGAAUCUCCCAUCACCCAGGACAUCAUCUGUGAUGUGGGAAUGCCCAUCAUGCAUCAUAAUGUGCGCUACAACUGUAGGGUCCUGUUCCUCAACAGAAAGAUACUGCUGAUCAGACCUAAAAUGUUGAUGGCCAACCAUGGGAACUACAGAGAGAUGCGCUGGUUCUCACCUUGGAAUCAGUUAAGGAAAGUGGAGGAAUAUUUCCUGCCAAGAAUGAUCCAGGAGGUAACAGGGCAGGACACAGUCCCAUUCGGUGACUGUGUGCUGUCUACAAAGGACACCUGUAUUGGCACUGAGAUAUGCGCAGAGCUCUGGAACCCCAGAAGCCCCCAUAUUGAGAUGGGUCUGGAUGGGGUUGAAAUCUUUACUAAUUCAUCUGCUAGCCACCACGAGCUCCGCAAAGCUGACCAAAGAGUCAACCUGGUCAAGUCAGCCACCACCAAGAGUGGAGGUAUCUACAUGUAUGCCAACCAGAGGGGCUGUGAUGGAGACCGUGUCUACUACGAUGGUUGUGCCAUGGUGGCCAUCAACGGAGACAUUGUGGCACAGGGAGCACAGUUCUCCCUUAAUGAUGUGGAGGUGAUUACAGCUACGGUUGACCUAGAGGAUUUGCGUAGCUACAGAGGAGAACUAUGCCAGCCGCACAUGGUGAGACAGCACCACCUCUCAGCCUUUGUAAUGCAUGAAGUUGCCAAAGUCAUGGCUUAUUGCUUUUUCUUAUUAUUGUGUUUCAUCAUAUCUAAAGUAAAGAAGCCGGGUGAACAGUGGGAUGGGUUGAGUUACAUCAGCUCCAACAACCUGCCUGAGAAUGUAACCAAGAGUUCCAAGUCUACUGUACUUUUCUCAUCCCCUCCCUCCUAUCUUCCCUUUGUAUUUCUCUCUCUACGUUUGUCAGAUAUCCAGGUACUGGAGGAUAUUCGCAGGGUAGUUGGGGAUGAUUCCUACUAUCCCCAAAAUGCAAGGGAGCUGUGCGGUCGCAUCUUCACCACCUGCUACAUGGCCAGCAAGAACUCCUCAGAGGACACAUGCAACAGGGCCAAAGACCUGGCCAGUCAGAUUGGCAGCACACACAUAAAUAUUAAUAUAGACAUGGCAGUGAAAGGCAUUCUGGGCAUCUUCUCAGCGGUUACUGGAAGGUGGCCUCAGUUUCGUGCUAAUGGAGGAAGCCAUAGAGAAAACCUGGCUCUGCAGAAUGUACAGGCUCGGGUCAGGAUGGUCCUGGCCUACCUGUUUGCCCAGCUGACUCUGUGGGCCUGGGGUAAACCAGGUGGAUUACUGGUGCUGGGCUCAGCCAACGUAGAUGAGAGUCUGACAGGGUAUUUCACCAAGUAUGACUGCUCCAGUGCUGACAUCAACCCAAUAGGAGGCAUCAGUAAGACAGACCUAAAGAGCUUCCUGCUUUACUGUGUUGAGCAGUUCCAGCUCACUGCUCUGAGAGGAAUCCUGGCCGCUCAACCCACAGCUGAACUGGAGCCACUCACAGACGGGCAGGUGUCACAGACAGAUGAGGCAGACAUGGGAAUGACCUACUCGGAGUUAUCAGUGAUUGGGCGACUGAGGAAGAUCUCCAAGUGUGGCCCCUUCAGUAUGUUCUGUAAACUCAUUCACAUGUGGAAGGAUGCCCUCUCAACCACGGAGGUGGCCCAGAAAGUGAAGCACUUCUUCAGGAUGUACUCAGUGAACCGCCACAAAAUGACCACGGUGACGCCGUCCUACCAUGCUGAGAGCUACAGUCCAGAUGACAACCGCUUUGACCUCCGACCUUUCCUCUAUAACACACGCUGGACCUUGCAGUUCAGGUGCAUCGACGACCAGGUGUCCCAGAUGGCAGCAAACACCCCAAAGCAAUAAGUGAAGUCCAGUGAAAACCCAUCGGAACUGGGAAAGAUCAGAAAGAUCUGUUAUUAUUUGGUGAUUUUCUACAUCUCUCAGUAAAGCCAAAUACUUCGUACUUUGCUUCGAAGUACAGGGCUAAGCCUUGAUUUUAAAAAAACUAAAGCAAACAAACUAGGUGCCCUUGUCAUACUUGUGACAGUUGACUACAUGUUGACUACAUGUGAUCAGUCCCACAAAACAACCAUUUUACGUCUAUAUAUAUCUCAGGGCAUUUUUCAUAUAGAGCAGGUAUAGACCAUACUCUUUAAAAAUGUGAACAUAUUGUUGAAGGAUCCAUGGGGGUAAAGGAAAAUAUCUCAUUAAAAGUUGCUGGAACCAGCUCCUAGAGGAGUAGUUUUCUUUUAUUUAUGAAGCUUAGAUCCCCCAAAAUGUCCCAAAAUCUGUAUCACUGUCAGAUGAAAAUCUCUAUUAAGCAAGGGAAGUGGACGGGUAUUUAAUAUGGACUGUGUUAUGGCCUCAAAGACUAAUAUUUUUAUGAUGCACUUGCUGCCCACAUGGAACACCAAGCUGAACCUUGAAUAUUGUAUAUGGGAAUGUCCAGCAGGGUAUGUUUUUUGGGUUAAAGUGAUAAAUAUCUCACACACGGGCUUGAUGACUACUCACUUCAGAAAAGAAGUACAAAUUCUAAGAUGGUUCAGUGUCUGGACUUCUCACUCAGUCCCAGGUUGGGAGAUGUAGCAUUGCUGGAAAGAAAGUGACUUUAAAAACAUUAAACUGAUUCAAACGUGGUGUUUUUAUGAAAAAGUAUUCUGGUUCAAAUAUAUAUAAGGGAGAAGGGUCUUGUGAGAAACAGCACCAAAUACCAGUGUAGAAAAACAAGACUAGGUCAACACCAAGCACAUGGCUGGACUGCCCUUUAUUGGUUUGCUUCUCUCCUACUGUCUGUGCUCACAUAUACAACAAUGUUAU